ACUCUGUACCCAACCCAUCAAAGACCUCGCGCGCUACGUUCGACACUAAUAGCAGACUGCAAGCCCACGAAGACGACAAAAUAGGUACAGAAUGCGACGAGAACAGCCCCUGACACUGGGCGUGUCAUCGCGACGGUCUGCGUGCGACCGCUGCCGCGGGCAGAAGCUCCGAUGUCUCCGCAAAGGCGCUGACCCCCAAGGCCGCUGUGACCGCUGUGCAAAGGCCGAUGCCCAAUGCGUGACUAGCCCCAUCUACCACAUGCGCAACUACUCCAUCCAGGGCCAGGACCAGGGCCGGGGCCGGGGCUGGGGCCGGGGCUCUCGGCAGCCCGAAUACGAUGCGGGCCUGGUUCCCGGUCAGGUUGACACUAGCCCCGUCUCGCGGUCUUCGUCUAACAAACGUCGUCGCCGGCACAAUGAAGGCGACGCGCUGUCGGCGAAUGCACCACACGCGGAUCGCCACCAGCAGCUGCAAUCCGACUACCAUCAAAGCUGGACUCCGUCCACUAGCGGCUCUGCCGUCUCCACCAAGUCGUUUGACAGGCCGCCCCCACUGCAGCCACCUGUCGCUAACGUCGCCCCCAUGGCUGCCGCCGCCGCCGCCGCCGCCGCCGCCGUUUUUCCUCCCCCAAACUGGGACAGUGGUAUCUUGGGCCUUGAGCACAUGCUAUCUGGCGACAACCCCGCCGGCACCUCCCCGUCCUCUUCUGAUCCGCACCAUACCCAGCCCCAAGGCCCGGCCGCCAAUGUCAUGCCGUGGAUGCCCUACCACGAAGACGUCUUCGAAACUCACCCUCUUGCCAGUUUCACCUCGCCGGACCUUGGCAUCCUGCACGACGCCAGCGCCGCCAACGAUCCAGUCCGGCACGUCCAUGAGCUUUCCAGAAUCAACCUCGACUUGGCCACCCAGGUAAAGCGCAUGGUGCGAGGGUCGCCCCAUGUGAGUCUGAAGAGCAUCAUCGUCCCAGACUGCACCCGCCCUAGCCCCUCGGGAGACCUCACGACACCGCUCGAGGACAUGCUGAACACGACCCGCCAGUAUCUCAACAUCUUGAGCUCCAUCGCCAGCUCUCCCUCCCUGGCAUCGUCGUCCGACUUUAACACACCGUCCUCCCUCGGCGGGUUCGGUGGCCAUGUUCCGCUUCCGCAGGGUGCCUCGGCAAACCCUUCCACGUCCUCGGCCUCGACGGACCCUCUCAAAGACAGCGGCAGCAGCAACGCCACCUCGCCGUCGUCUCUAGCAUCGGCGCCUGAGAGCAUCGCGACCUCGCCAGCCGCAGCCCAACCAGACACCUCGACUCUGCUUCUCAUUCUCGUUUGCUACCUUCACAUCCUGAGACUCCAUGUGGCCCUCUUUACGCACAUCCGGCAGUAUUUUCAAAUCAUCUCGGAGAGCAAUGACCGCACUAUCCUGCCGCUCCCUGGGUUGUGCGGGUUUGACAACUUUCCUCUACAGUCUGGCAAUCUGCAGUCCACCAUGGUGAUCCACCUAGUGACCAACAUGCUGGAGCGCAUCGAGACGCUUCUCGGUCUGCCGAGGGAGCUGCGCAUCGGCACCCGCGUGGACUGCAUUGACGGCGGGCUGUUUAGGACCAGCGACCGCUUCCUCGAGCUUGCCGAGGCUUUCAUACGCAAGGAGGACGUCGGCCGGGCCGAGGACGGCAAGGGCGGCAUCCGGUCGCUGCGCCGUGAUAUGAAGAAGGCUAAGCGGCUGUUGCGUGGCGCCAUUGCGCCUUAGUUUGCUUUUGCUUUGUAUUUGUGAUUUGUAUUUGUGAUUUGUAAUAAGAAAAAAAGGCUCCCAACUCAUCUGAAAAGGGAGGAGAGAGUGGCAACGUUCACAAAAGUCUUUAAAUACAGCUGGAUAACUACCCGGGGAGGCUCCUAUUCUUUCAUGGUGCUGUAUUGAGCCGCCUUGUCUAGGUCUGGGCCGGUCGACCAAGGCCGGGAAGAGACAUGACUAGGACUCCUGUCUAAUUGAGCAGUUAUAGAUAAUUUGUCACGCGCAUUCACAGGGCAACGGAAAUGAAGCAUUUGAUGCAGGGAGGUAAGGCUUGAAUUGUC